AUGUAUCUUAAAGGUGAAAUCGAAAAAGACUCCAAUGGAAAACGAACCAACGGAAAGAAUCCCGAUUUUGAUCGCACGCUCGGCAACUACAUUCGAAGACAACGGGAACGCGGGAUCCCGAUGAGUGAUGAGGAUAUCAUGGACAGGGCGUGCCAAUACGCUCGCGGCAGCCCUAACCAACAGGCAAUACUGGCUAAAUUGACGGCAACCUGGCUCAACAAGUUCAAACAAAGAUACUCGAUCGAAACUGUGGGCUCCAUAAGACGGGCUUCGGAGCCGAGCAUUCCGGAGAAACUGCCAAUAUCUGCCAGGUUCCAGAGUAUUUCGCCGUCGUCGCCGUCGCCACACACGUCGCCUCUUUCUGUAAGCCCAAGUGACGACGAUUUGCGAUCCCGGGGAGACUACAACUUCACCUAUCGCCAGUAUGCAUCUCAUUCGGAGACUUCAUUGACGGAUAACGCAGCGUCGUCAUUUUCUUCAGAGCUGAUUAGUCCCGUCGCGUCAUUUAACUAUUCGCCCGAUGGAGCCUCUGCGGGAUUUCCCCUGGAUUCAGAGUUCGAAACAGAACAGAAACGGGAUGCAUUCACACUUCGAGGACCUAUGGAAUUGGAAUAUACCAGCCCUAUCCAAACCGCCUCCGCAGAUUCCCUGCUGAUGACGCCCCGCAAUCUCCCGCCCAUCUGCAAGCAAGAGUCCCCGGUUGCCGACACCAUGGCCUCGAUCCCCCACGAGCAGCUCAACGGAAAGGAUAUGAAGACUGGUGCGCCCAGCCCCGAGGAUGCACAGCGCGCGGUAACUACACUGCUGAGCUAUCUCCAGAAUCUCGGCCAGGCUGGACAAUUUGAUCACGAGUACUCGGCUAUUAUGCAGCUCACCAGAAAACUCCACAUACAACCGAAUCAGUUCUCUCUCCCGGAUUCGAGGGGAUUAGCAAGAAUUGUGGAAGGAAAUAGUGAUUUGAUCACAGCUGGCGGAGCACAUGGUAAUUGA